AUGCAUGACCAUCUUGGUUGGAGAGAUGGUGCGCAGGUGCAAAUCCUGAAGCACACUACCCACAGCGAGACCAUGCAUGUCAACGGCGAUGUUCCACAAAUUCCACAGAUAGAACCAGUGCGACACCGUAAUAUUCCAACCGGUUGCAACGCCAUACAGAUUUCUGCACAAUCUCAGCAUGAGUGGUGA